CUUUGGUCUGUUCAUCUACAGUUUUUCCUUAAUUAUCUGUUGUUGAUCUGUAGUUUAUUAAUUUCGAUUGUAAUUGUUAAAAGAAGACAAGUAAAUUGUUUACUUAAAAUUUCAAAUAAAUCAAAUAUUUCUCAUAGAAAUCUACGAUGAGAUUUGAAGCGCUAUAAAUACAAAACUAGAUAUAUCAAAUUAAUACUUCAAUUUUUAUUUAUAUUUGUAAAUAAAAUAUUAUUACUUUUAUUAAAUGCGUAAACAGUACUGUACAUUGCGACACAACACAAUCGAAAUAAUAAAAGAAACUAAUGAAAAACUAUAAGAUGGCUUCGUCUAACACGGACAUGCAGGACCGGUUAAAGUUGUUUAAGUUUACAAAGAUAUUAACGUUGAAAGUGGCUCAAAUCGUCGUCCAAAGCAGACAAGGAAAGAAAAUAGCUCACGACUGCAACGUCGUUAAACCCUCGGACGACGGGCCGCCGCCCUCGCCCACUAGCUUGCAGUGGUUUAAUUUAUCUAUUCCGGACGUGCCAGAAGUCAACACAGACACAACGAGAGUAUUAAAUGGUGAAGUGAUCGAAGCUUUAAGUAAUGUUCUGUGCAUUGAGAUUUCGUUGCACACAACUGACGGUGAUGAGAUGGUGCUAGAGCUAUGGACAGUCCGCAUGGCACCCGGCGGGGAUGCCGGCGUCAACUCUGUCUCAACUAUUUACUACCGAAUGAGUAUCAUGCUCAAGUCUACGUUGAGCAUAUCGAGAAUAACACCUGCAUAUAAAUUAUCACGACUGCAAAAUAAAGACUCUUAUAAAAUUUCUCAUAAAAUUUAUGGUGGAAAACCCAAUUUAGACCUUUUAGGAGAACAGUAUAAGACUAUUAAAGUGAGUGAAUUGCAUACUCCAAUAGGCACUAUUUAUAUUGACGUCGUGUACAGGACAAAAAUGACGAUACUUCCGGAGGACAGGAAACCUGUCGAGAAGAACGUCAUGAUGAUGAGCGACGACAUUGUGAUCAAGAGUGACCAUUUCCCCAAGGAUAGUCCUCGAAAAGCUUACAGCGAUAAGAAAGAAGUGGAUCUGUCGAAACCCUUAACGGCUGGCGCGUUCGUCGACACCGUCAAGAUAAAGGAACUGCACGACUCGCUAAGCCAGCAACUGCCCCCCGAGUCGCCCAUGGUGUGGCUGCUUGCUGAGAGGGACAGGAUGGACGAGAAGAUGAAGCUUCUCGCACUCGAAGAGGACUUGGAGGACGUUGAGGAGGAGGAGGAGGAGGGAGAAGGAGAAGUCGCUGCGGCGGGUGGCAGCGGGGAUCACGUCGUCAGCCAGGCCAUCGACGUGCCCAGGACGAGGGACGCCGGCAAGUACGCCAGCCUCAUGGAGUUCCCGUUCGCGGAGGGCAGCCCGAUGCGCGAGCUGGCGAGCUUCUACCGCGAGUGCGCGGCGGCGCGCGCGUGGGCGGCGCCCGAGCCGCUGCUGCCGGGCGCCGAGCGGCGCGCGCUCCUGGCCGCCGAGCUGCGCGCCGCCGAGCGCGCCGCGCCCGCCUUCGACCGCCUGCUGGCCGCCAUGGCGCGCGACCGCCGCGCGCGCCGCUCGCCCUAG